UGGAGGAAAUGGAAAUGAAAUGAAAUGGGAAAUGGAGGCCAUGUAUCACCUGGCUCCCUCUCUCAUCGCUCAUCAAAGGCCCACUGAAAACAGUUUGUAGAAACUAUAUUCUUGAACUUAUACGUGGCUUAUACAAAGGACGUUUUGUCCAAACGAGUUUCGUUGAUAAAUUCGGGCGCCCGCUUUUUCAGUCGACAGUCCCCCAUCCCCAUACUGACCGAGAGCCUGGAACAGGCUAAAUCAGCCUUCGGUUGUCACGCACACUUUUUUUCACGCGUCGCGUAUGUUGACUUCACCGAAUGCAUUUUGGGAUAAGGGGAGCCCCCUUUUGUAAUACGCACGUGCUCGAGCAAGAUUUUAAUACGAAACCUUAUUUUGAGCUGUGAAUUUGCCGACAGGAUGGGCGGUGCGUCCAUCUCAGAGUACAGAAAAUUCGUUUUCUCUCUGUGUGAAGAUCUUUCAAUCACAAAUUUGCAUUCGAUGAAGUUUUUAUGCCGAGACCUGCUGACCGCCAGGGAACUUGAAUCCAUCGGCGACAGCGCUACAGAGUUUAUUCUGGUUCUCGAACAAAGGAAAGAGCUUGGAAGCAAGAACUUUAAUCUUCUGGAAGAUCUACUUAAACAGAUAAAGCGAGAGGAUUUGGUGAGGAAACUGAAGGAGUUUAAACGGAAACAGCACAGAGGAACUGACCCUGUCGUUGCCGAUAAACCGAAGAACAGAUUUCCACUUUGGAAAUACAAUCUACAAGACGAUGUGACAGACGCGACAGACGCCAAAGUGCCUACUGCCCACCCUGCAAAUAGAGAUGAGGAUCAGGAUGGUCAAAAAACAAGUAUUACUCCACGUGACAAUCAGGUUAUGUUGAGGGACGUCAGUGCUGACUUGUAUGAGAAGCUUGGCUUCUUGUUAAACCCCGCGUCAUUUAGGGGUUCGUGGAUACAUCUGGCUGGCAAGCUGGGCUAUACCAACACUCAUGUCGCCAAUUUUAAAUUGCGACCCACGCACAGCACCCAGGUGAUGCUAGAGGACUGGGCCCAGCGAGCGGACGCUACUGUGUUUAAGCUGUACCAGGCUGUCCAAGCGAUCGGACGAGAGGAUGCUGCGCGAGAGCUGGAAUCAAUGUUAGUUCGAUUGUGCACUACUGUAUAGAGGUGACAAUUAACGUUGUGACGUAACGGUAGCAGGCCAAAUUUGAAACAAAAAGGCGCAAACUAGUUCAGCCCUUGGUUGCUUUUCUGUGGUCAGUGGCGUUGCCAAGUAACAUGAUGUUAACGCAGGCAAGCUAUAUGUAGCCUGCGAGCAGGCUCUUCGGGGAAUCAGGCCUUUUUCGGGCUUCACGGUAGGGGGGAGUGAAGAGCCUGUUUGCGUGAUCGCCGGCUAGCUUUAUGAGGUCUGUUUGCAAGGCAGUUGUAAAUAUGCCCUGAUUUUAGCCUUCGAACAGGCAUGGAUUAUUGCCUUUUUCUACCAAGCUCUUGGUCGGUGGUGUAAAUAUAGUUAUAAAUAGCCGGGAAUUCCCUCAAAAUUGAACGAGCCUCUAGGCGAGCGAGUUGAGUGCAGUAUCACAAGAGUAUAAUUAUUUAUUGUAUGACUGAACGCCUGAGCAUAAUCUGCAUUCCAUGCAGUGCAAGUUAGAAAUUAACUAUAAAUUUUCUUGCUCUCAGCCAAUCUCGAUGAUGUAAUUUUCCCAGUCGUUUAUAAUCGAUUCAUAACCUGUGAUAAGGCGUUCGCCUGAUCGCAAGCCAUUAGGUCCUUAAAUAAAAAGACCAAUUUAUGUCUUCAUAAAUUCUUGUUAAAAUGGGACAACCAUGAGAAUUACGUGUGGAUUGCGCGACAUGCAAUAAGAUAGGGUAGGGUUUCACAAGCCAAAGUUCAGUGCAAUCUGCAGGCUGAGCCAAUCAGCGUGGUUUUUAUUUCACUGACAAUCAACUCCUAGGGCAUUGAACAUAAGCCUCGUGUUUAUUCAUUCUUUCGCUCUAGCGGGCAAACAUUAUCUUGCUUGCUUUAGUUUGCUUUGUUCCAGUACAAUUAUUUUCCCACCCUCCCCUCCCUAUGUCAUUAGCAUGUCAUGCACUAUAGUACACACACACAAUAUACUUAACUUUCUAUACCCUCUGAGUAUUCCAGACUAGACCUUUUAAUACAUGAUAUUACAUAUAACAUGUAUUGGAUACAAAAAUGUUACAUACAAGACAAAUUGAUGUAAGAUAUAUUGAGAUCCAUGAUGAAUAUAAGAUGUUACAGUUAGCAGCCAGAGCCAACGCUAUUCAGACUUGCAGCGUAUCUGCAUCAUAAACACUUAACGAACAGAGUAGCCCUGUCUACUUUGAUGGACUAUGUACAUACUUGUAGUACGGAGUUAAGCUUUGGUUCUGUUCGUGUUUUAUCUGAUAUUUUCUUGAAAUGAAUUGUUAAUGAAUUUUUGGUUGGGCCUUCGGUUCAACAUAUUGCUACCCCUCUAGUAUCUCACAAUGACAUUGCGAUCUUAAAUAAAUUGUUACAGUUUGCAAUUA